GGUCACAAGGCUCUGCUAUUAGCAGUUAACGUCUAUUUCUGCAGGCAAUGCUACAUUUCCCUGGCUGAUAACUUUCAUAUAUAAUUUGUCGGUCUUUAUCCUUUCUUUCUUACUGGAUGUCGCCCGAGGCGCCGAUAGCCACGCCAUUGGCUGCGGCUUUAUGUGUUUCUCCAGAUAUGGUGUCUAGCACGCUUCGACUCGAUCAACAACACGCCUUUUCUGGCUCUGACUCGGAGCGCACUCAAGUCUCCCAGGAUGAUGAGGAACAAGCAUUGGAGACCCAUGAGGUCAUUGAGCUUCAAGCAUUCAGCGAGCGGAAAGCUUGGAUAGAAGAUAAAAUCAAAUUCUUAGAGACACUUCCUCCUAUCGAGGUUUUUGUUGGGUUGGAUGCUAUACGAACGUCUGCAGAAGAUAUCCCCGGUUUACCCACUCGCGAACAGCUGCAGGAAUGGCUCACGGAACAUGAUAGGAUUGAGAAGGAGACAGAAAUUUUUGACUCUGGGGAACUCAAGAAACUUAGGGCGCUCACUAAAGCUGCCACACAAAGACAUCUUUCGCCGGAAGAUACUGAUGUUAUUGAACUCACGCUUACGACCAUCUUUGAACUCGACAAGCUCCUCCACCUUCUGCGGGACCGCUCUGAAAACCUUGAUCUUCUGGGUGUCAGGCUAACGUGGGAAGAGCAACGCCGCGCAGCCUGGAGCGACCGCCGGAAGAUCCUCGCUGAUAUCGAGAAUUUCCUCGUCACCCGUGCCAGAUGGUCACCCUCCAUCUACGAAUUCAUGGCCAAACCUGAAGAAAAAACCUUGAAUCGUCGCGGCUCCGUAGCUUCCAUGGCUUCAGAUACGUCUGUUACAUCGAAUGCUGGUUUCUCCCGCGGCGCCCGUUUCAAGCUUGCCGAACUCCUGUCACGGGAUGCUGCGCAGUUUGCCGGCAGAGUGUCGUCUCUUAGGCACGGAAAGAUCGCUGCAGCUGGCAAAGCUCUGGACAAGUUGAUAGACAACAGUCGCAGACCUGUCCCCGAGGAGCUGUUGGAUGAGCAGGACAAGCUCGAAGACAAAGGCAUCAACGAGAUGGAACACAUUGGCAAAUUCGUCAUGAAUGUCGUUACGCAAUGGCGAAAAGCUGAUGAAGUCUACGUCGAAACGAUGAAAGAUGACAACGCCGCCCAAAACCUUUUGGAAGAAAUCGAAACCUCAAAGCUUUAUCACCCGACUCACCGCCAGAGUACCAGUUUCCUCUCUCGCGCAGAGACCCUUGUGAAAAGGCUUGCCAUGAGGGGUAACCCCACCGCAAGUGGUGGCUCCUUCCCGCGACCACACCACGUUCUCUUUCCCGAUCAAAAAUCAGCCAACCAGACCAUUAAUCAAUUAUUGGCCUCAGAACUUGCUUCCACUUCGGAUCUGGUUGCCAAAGUGGAUUCCCUUGCUAAGGAGUACAGAGCCGGCUAUGAAGCUGUUAAGGAUGUCGAGUCCUUGUCCCGGUCUGCCGAAGAAUUAAUGGCAAUUUUCAAGUCUGUCAUCGAUCGCCUUGAAAAUGGAGUCACUGCGUGUGAUGGUGACGGUACCUCUCCUAGUCUCAUGUCGGAGGAUUGUUUGCAUCCUACUGCGCAUUCCGCGUUUCUCACUUUCCUACCAUCAAUCACUCAAGAGGUGGAGCAAUCAUGCGCUCAAGCUGACCGUCUGCUGCGAGCAUUCCGAGUGGUCCUUCUCAAUGUGGACCGACCCGGUAUUGACCAAACGUUCAAGGAAAAUGCUGUCGCUCAGAUCGAGGCUUUGAUUGCUGUUCGCGACAAGGCUGCUGCGAUUUGCGCCGACGUGAACGCAAGAGUCGGCAGACUCCGUGUCGUCAGGAGAGUCUGGUCGAUCAUAGAUGGCGUACUGAAUGAGCUCGAGGAUACUCGGAGCGAGGUCGCCGACCUGAUGGAGAAAGACAGAUGGAAACAGCAGGCUGGUCAAAGUGCAGAACCUCUGACUCCGGAGACGCCACCUCAAGAUGUCCUUCCUACACCCUCAGUGUCGUCUAGCGAUAUACUUGGUCGUUUAGAGGCUGUCCGCCAGACCCUCACAAAUGACGUGAUGCAUCCCCUGGCCACAUUGACUGGAAUACUCGAGAAGCCCCUCGACGAAUUCCUCUCUCGUACCUCUGGGGGACUAUGUGGGCGCUUGGAGAGUGUGAAGCAGAUGGUCGUCCUUCUGGAUGCUAUUCGGUCACAAUCUGCAGCCAUGACCUCCUUUCAGGAAGGCGUUCAUGAGCUCCAGGUUCGGGUUGAAGACCUCAAGAUCCAAUAUGAUGCGACCAUCGAUGAUGUUCUCGAUGGCCAACUACGCGGUGCAUCCCUGGCUAACACACAAGAUCAGCUCAAGGACGAGUCAGAUGCGCUCCAUAGCACUGCCUAUGCAUUUACGAACACCGUGGCUCAGCGGAUACCAUUCCUCUCUCAACACGCCUCUGAUCAAGGAAACGCACCUACCAUCGUCCGGAAGAGGUUCUCGUCAACGGGGAGCAUAAGACUUGUCACAUUCGAUGUCCCAGCAACCAUCGAAGCUCCAUUUACGUUGCGCAGCCUCGAUGACGUCGUUCGCGGAGAUUCCAAUUUACUAGUCAUGCGUCUCUCAGGGGAUGUGCAAAGCCUCAAGCAGAAGGCUGAACAUCUUCAGCUGGCAUCCAUGACCAAAGAUUCCGAUUCCGAAUUGUCGUCGGUGGCUGAUGACCUGCGCGGUGUCAAUGAAGAACUUGGCUUGCUCAGAGCAUUCCUAGCCUCCAUAUCUCAAACAGACGAGAAGCUUGGUCCGCUGCAAGAACUAUCAGAGCAGCUCGAUAGACACUUAUCACAACACCGUUCUCGCCUAUCGCGCCGCCUCUCCUUGAUCCGUGAAUCCUUGCGUAAAAUGGAGUCCGUACCUUGCUCGCAUGAUCCUCGUAUCUAUGAGACUCUCAUCAUGUCACGAAGGAGAGAAGUGGAUGAUCUCGAGAUCAAGUUGAACGCCUGGGCCGAUAGUACAGAUAUGCUUCGGGGCGAGUUGUCCGCUGCGCUCACCACGGAGGCCAAUCGUAUCGAGGCGGUGAAACUCAAAGAGGAACAAGAAGCGGAGGAGAGAAGGCGUCGGGCUGAACUUGAACUCAGGGAAGCAGAGGCAAGAGGAAGAGAAGAGGAAGAGCGCAGAGAAGCAGGGAGGCUAAGGAUUGAGAAGGAGCUGCGCGAACGACAGAAGCGGGAGGAGUUGGAGCGUUUGGAGGCCGAGCGUCAGGUGCAGGAACGCGAACGACAGGAGCGGGAAGAGUCGGAACGUUUGGAGGCCGAGCGUCAGACGCAGGAACGCGAACGACAGGAGCGAGAAGAGUUGGAUCGUUUGGAACGCGAGCGUCAGGCGCAUGAACGCGAGCAACAGGAGCGGGAAGAGUUGGAUCGUUUGGAGGCCGAACGUCAGGCGCGCGAACGCGAACGUCUUGAAGCUGAGGCUCAAAGGAAGGGGAACAUUGAGCUACAGGAUACCGACCGUAUCAAGGAGGAGCGGGACCUGCAGGAAAGAGAUGAAUUGCAACCAUCUGAAGAUGUAUUUGGGUUGCGUAUUGCUCCUUCUCCGUCACCGACGAAAACCCAACAGAGAAAUGACCUGCUGGAUAAAGUCGUCUCGCUGAGGAAACGUCUUCGUUCUAUCGGCAUCAACGAGGUCGCACGUCCUGCAGCUAACUCGAAUUCUUCCAAUCAUCUACCAACUCUGGAGCAAUACGGGAAAAUGAAUGCUCGCUUUGCGACUAUACUCUCUGAACUUUCCGAACUUUGUGCGCUGCCUUCUUCGACGUUAUCCCCUGCUGCAGAUAUGGAGUUGCGAUCGGCAAAAUCAGAAGUGGAAGCAUCUGCUGAGUUGAUGCAACGAAUUCGACAAUUAGCCGACCUAUCUGACGUCGCUCAUCGCUGCGAUAUGGCUCUCAGUGACCUGCUUGAGCACAUUGACAGUUAUCCUUCUCCUCCAAGUGGACCACUAUCUAGCACGCACGUCUCGACACUUCGUUUGCCCCCAGAAGAACAACUCGGAGCUCGCAUUGGUUUCACGAAGCGCACUGUUGCUCAAGUGGCGGCAUACAUAGAAUCAGUCCAGGAUGAUGCUCGCGCCAGUUCUGAACAUCGACGCGUUCAGCAGACAUGGGUUGAGUUGGAAGAAAUGGCCAACGACAGGAUCUGCGGCAAGAAAUUCCGUCCUGCUAGUGUCCUCAGCUCUGGUAGGAAUAGCAGUGCAUCUGGUAUCAGCUCUGGAGCCACUGGUCACACCAGGAAGGCCAGCGGCUAUUCCAAUCUCUCAGUAAGAGGACCUGCCAAUGGGCGUUUACUAGCUCCAGCCCAUCCAAGCCCUCGCCGAGUAGCGUCUGGCGAUUUUCAAACCCGACCUCGGCCCUCCAGUAAACUUUCUAUGCUAUCCACAAUUAGCAUCUCAAGAUCAAUAUCAGGGCCCAUGGCAGCGCCCUCGCCAUCAUCGGCUUCAUGUUCUCUGCACAGUUCAACUUUUGCAUCUCGUCAGCGUACUGCUAGUCUAUCUGGUAAUGCGCCCCCUAUCACACCAGCGAAGCGACCUCCCCUCCCUACUCGUCCCCGGGCGCAGACACGCUCGAGGGCCUCGCCCACUCCUUCGGAAGUUUCCGUCAUCGCGCGUUCCGCCGCAACUCACUCAAGGUCGUCCUCAUCUAUGUCCACAUGGGCCCGUGCGCCGCGACAGUCAUUCCCCACCUCAAACAAAGUUCAGACGCCCCCGAGGAAAACGCAACCGCAAGAGCGGAAAACCUACGUUGCUAAUCCUAAGAACAAGCUGGACGUUGCGGUUGGAGAUGUCGUCAAUAAAUUACCAGUCAACAUCAACAUCGAGGUAGUCGCCGACACUUGGAAGGAUCAAAGCGGGAAAUACUGGAUUGGUGACCAGGAGCCAAAGUUAUGCUUUUGUCGCAUAUUGCGCUCGCAGACUGUUAUGGUGCGUGUUGGUGGUGGUUGGCAGGAAUUAUCAAAGUUUAUCAAGGAUCACUUCGCAGACAUUUUUCGCAUUAUACCCCCAGAGUCUCCCCCAAAAUUCGGCUCUCCCCGCUUUGGGUCUCGAGAAGAGAAGUGGAUCAGCUCCGCAACUUUGCUUGAAGCACCUGAAAUUGUCACUACUCCUCCGCCUCGUACCCCUGAACCUAGAGGUCCUUUCCUUCCUUCUUUCACCAUCUCGACUCCAGGAGCGCGAAGCCCACAGUCAGUAAAGUCCACGCCAUCAUCGGGGUCUCCCUUGGCUCCACUUCAGUUUAUGAGGCGAGCGGAUCCGGAAGCAAUUCGUCCAGUAACGCCAUCGAAGCCACAUCGACCUCGAACAAGUAUUCCUAACACCCCAGCUCGGCAUAAUCUAUGGAGGCCAUGAUAAUCAUACAAUUCCAUCCACUCGCAUAUUAUUGGACAUUCUACUCCCGAUACCUCCCUCAUCUACUCUCAAUUAUUACAUUCGUGUUUCAUGGAUACCAGUUGCACCACAUUUCUUGCUAUGUAUUCGUUGUGUUGUUUAGGCUUUGUUAACAUCGAUGUUCAGGAUUACGGUGCAUCAGCACCUAAAUAGACUUAAGUAUGAUAGGCUCCAUGAGUCAACCAUGAGCGCUCUUUAUCAUGACUGAACUUACAGUAGUUUCCUUUUUUGAACAAUUUCAAAUUAGAAGCAGUACCG